AUGAUAAGCAUGAUAGAAAAGAAGUAUAUCAAUCAAGAUAUGAAUAUCGAGCUGACUUCAUAUAUUGAUGAUAAGCAAAAUGUUUGGUUCCGAGGAAAAGAUGUUGCUGAGAUCCUUGGAUAUAGUGAUACUCGCCAUGCAUUAAAAAGGCAUGUAUCAAAAGAAAACAAAAUGAUUCAUCUUAUACAACCCAAAAGCUGCCCCGGUGAAACGCCGGGUCAGGUUCAAAAAGCUGGCGUGGACGUUUCACCCCCUCAGGUCCAACAAGGUAGAUGGUACACUUUUAUCAAUGGGCCUGGCUUUUAUGAACUAGUAUUUAGCUCCAAAUUAGAACUUGCUAAAAGAUUCCGUCAAUGGGUUUUCACCACUGUCCUCCCAUCUAUCCGUAAAUAUGGCCAAUACAAACUAUUUGAUAGUCCCUGGAAUAGGAUGAUUAUGAUUGGUAAUGAGACUGACCUCCAUUAUAAAGUAGUGGACCUCAUAAGGAAAUACUAUCCAGAUACUAUAUUAGUAGCAGGACUGGGGGAGAAUCAGGAUACUGAGAAUAAAAGACUGGAUUCAUAUAAAAAAGGAUAUAUGAGAGGACAGCCUGAUCUAUUGGUACUUAAUUAUCACAAAGAUUAUAAAGGCCUGGGCAUAGAAUUCAAGAGUCCUACAGGUAACUACUAUGUAUCAGAAGCCCAAAAGGAGAUGAAGAAGAAGCACGUUAAUAAUGGCUAUGCAUUUAUACUCAGUAAUGAUUAUGAUAAGAUUAGCAAAAAUAUUCAUGAAUACAUGAAAGGUAUCAGAGUACCGAGUAAAUAUUGUAUCAAACAAUUCCUUAAUAAGGACACACUAAAAAUGCAUUAUAAAGUCAUCCACCGAAUUGAAAAAUAA